UCAUCCUCUUUCGGCUCAGCUCCGGCUCAACCAGCACCCUUAUUCACUAUGAUGAAUAGCUGUCUCGGCGUAGGGGAAAUAAGCAGUGUCAGUGCUGGUAGCAGCAAUUUAUCUCGUUUUUUUCCAGCUGAAAGUCCCUCCUGCACUGCCAGUGGGGUAAGUGGUGCCACCUCUGGUAAUAACGGAAGUGUAGGUGGACCAAUUCGUGUUGCUCGCACUCGAUGCACAUCUCUUUCGAUUCCCACCGGGGCAGUUGGUAUUGCAGGCAUCACCUACCCCGGUAGGCCACUGGUCAGUGGUAGUUCUGCUUCAGCCCAACAUCAAGUAUCUGCUUUGGCUCAUCAACUUCGGGUCGUCCAGCAAACAACAGGGUCCGUGCAGACUGUAUCUGGGACCCAAUCGCGUCAGUUCAUCCUUACAACUGCCUCACCAACCUCGGCUGCUAGUACCGGGCCACAACCUCGACAAGCAAAACAACAACAGCAACAGACUCAACAGCAAUCUACUCCCCCGUUGCAAAUUCAUCAGCCACAUCAACAGCGCCUUUACCUUGCUACACAGUCUCCUCAUACUACCUUUAUUGAUCCGUCUCAGCAACAGCAGGCACAACAAAUAAUUUUUUCCCAGCAGCAAUCUGGCCAGCGACAAGGACUCGGAAAGUUCUCUGCAGCUAAUCUAUCUCUAUCAACCGCUGGCCUUGGCCUUAGCGCAAGCCUUCCGGCCAACUCGAACCUACUACAAACUUGUCAAUCACUUAUGUUGCCCGAGAUAAAGUCUCCUCUUACAAGUGGCUUUUCGCCUGUCCAGCUUAUGCAUCAACAACAACAGCAUCCAACUGGCUCAAUUUCAUUCGGGCAUGCUCAAGUAGCUGGAGUGCCAUUAGGUCAUAGGCAAAGAGCCCAUCUUUUCAGCCCACAACAGGUUCAACAGCAACAGCAAUUGCAACUUCAUUCGCUUCAUCAACGCAAGCAGAGCCUACAAACUCAUCAACAGCAUCGACAGCACUUUAUUCAGCCUCAGCCUGUGUCACUUCCACCUCAGCAUCAGCUCCAGCUUCAUAAUCAGCAUCUUCAUGCACAGUCACUCCAAAAACAGCAGCACAUGCAGAUAUCACAAAAUGAGGCCCCGAAUGAUUUUGAUUUCGAUGAUUGCGACGUAAGAUAUGUUUUCUUACACAUAUUUUUUUGCGAAUACAUUUUUACAGUAGUUGAUUAG